UGUUAAAAUUUUAUAUCUACAUUGAGACAGAGGGGCAGAUAGAGAUGUCUAAAAGCUGAAUGAACUGAAUUAAUUCAGUAAGAGGAGAGUAAAGGAGUGAUGUCACUAUGAGGAAGUGAGCAGGAAGUUGAUGCUGUAUUCAUCUCUGAGACUGUCUCAUUUGUGAACGUGAGAGCAAGAACAGAGACUGAGAGAGACAGAGAAGCACGAUGGCUGCAUUCACAUGGAUUCAAAUGUCUUCAUUACUGAUACUGAUGCUUCAGUUUAAAGGAACAACUGAGCAACAUCAAACUGUUCAAACUGUCACAGCUGAACGUGGACAUGAUGUUACUCUGUCUUGUAAAAAUGUGAUACAAGGUCAGUAUAACUGUAUCAGUACUACCUGGCUCUUCAGUGAUUCAAGCAGCACAGUAUCAAUCUUUGAACUUGGGCAGAAUAAAGAAGCCAAAGCUAAAUCAGACAGACUGAGUGUUUCUGCAGACUGUUCUCUGGUUAUAAAGAAGGUCACAGAUCAGGAUGUUGGUCGUUACACCUGCAGACAGUUCAAAACAGCAACAGGAUCACAAGAAGGUCCAGACUUUACGAUUCAUCUGUCUGUUAGUAACACACAAUCAACAAUUAAUCCAACAAAAGAGGAAUUAAAGACAUCAGCAGGGACACUGACAACAGCAUCAAAUAUUCCAUCUGGAGUUCAUUCUAGGUUUAUCAUCGUUGCUGUGAUUUUAGUAACACUGUUAAUCAUUGUUGUGCUGAUCAUCAGAUGGAAGAAAACUAAAGAAAAAAAAACACAAUGUGGCAACAACACGGGACUGAGCUUAAACCCUGCAGAUACUCAGUCUGGUCCAGGAUCCAGUCAGGACACGGCUGAUGCUGAUGAUGGUGUUUCCUACGUCUCCAUCAGUUUCACCAAGAAGUCCAAGAAUAAAUCCAGGUCCCGUGGUGAUCAUGAUGAUGAUGAUGGUGACACUGUGACCUACAGCACUGUGAAAGCUUCUUCCUCACCUGCUGGAAUUUCCCCUGAUCCCAACAACCUCUACUCCACCAUCAAUUAUCCAAAGAAAUAGGAUGUUUCUCAUGCUAAGU